AUGAAUGAUCUGGUGUGCAAGUUCUGUGGAGCUUAUGCAGCAGCAACAAGGCAGAAAAGCAGUGGCCAGAACGAGGCAGAUACUGUUAAACUGGCACACCAAAUCUUCUACAAUGACCAUAAGAUUAAGUUUAAUCUUCACUAUGUUUGGGAGGAGCUGAGGAAUGACCAGAAAUGGUGUGAAGUUAGUAACUCGAAGGUUGAUGGAAAAGGUAGGAAGAGAAAGUAUAAUGAUGGAUCACAAUCUGAAAGCUCUCAAGCACCUUCAAAUCUCGGAGAUGAUCCAACUAAACGUCCUCCUGGUGUUAAGGCUGCGAAAGGAGUAUGUAGUAAGAAAAGUAUAGCAGAAGACCAGGCUCUUGCUCAGUUUGAGACCAUGUGUUCUAUUAAGGAGAAAGAUUUGGCUGUUAAGGAGAAAGAUUUGGCUAUUAGGGAGAAAGAUUUGGCAAGUUAA